AUGUCCGUCGUCCUACCGCAGUGGUCCUCCCGUCAGCUGCAGCGUGGCAUCAUCAAUGCACUCAUCGACAGCGGGGCGGACAUGGAUGCUUGCAGACGGUCGGACAUGCCCAUCAUAGUUCCGAUUCGUGCGGGCAAUCUGACGGCAGUGGAGACCCUCCUGGCGCGCCAGGCCAACGUGCGGACUUUCCUGGCGAUGGAUCUUCCCUACCUCGGUGGUGCUGCCCCUUCCGCCACUCGUGAAUACGAGGCGGCGCUCAUGUCGGUGUACCGCCAACUUGCUUAA